GAAGGGCUCGGAUGGGCGGGGCCAGUUCGAACGGGCGGCGGUGGGGGAGCGGCGCCAUGGUGCAGCCGGCCUGCGGGACGCCAGUGGGAGACUUUGACUCUUCGGAUGAAGAGGACACUGAGUGGGACCCGAGGCCGCUGCCCAUCUCCUGGUUGACUUUGUCUCCUGUCUACUCUUCUAAAUUCCUGGGAUUAUGUUCCCUUCCAGGUUGCAGGUUUAAGGAUAUUAGAAGAAAUCUUCAGAAAGAUAUAGAAGAACUAAAGAACUACGGGACCCAGGAUAUAUUUGUGCUUUGUACCAGAGGAGAGCUCUUCAAAUACCGAGUACCAAACCUUAUAGAUGCCUACCAACAGCACGGGAUCUGUGUGCACCACUAUCCUGUUCCUGAUGGGGACACUCCUGACAUUGCCAACUGCUGUAAAAUUCUGGAAGAGCUCAAAAACUGCCUGGAAAGUAACCGGAAAACGAUCAUACACUGUUACGGUGGCCUCGGACGCUCAUGUCUCAUAGCUGGGUGUCUCCUGCUUCAGCUUUCGGACACGCUGGCACCUCAGCAAGCCAUAGACAGCCUGAGGAACCUGAGAGGAUCUGGGGCGAUACAGACCAUCAAGCAAUACAAUUACCUCCAUGACUUUCGAGAGAACCUGGCUGCACAUCUGGCAACAAAGGACACGGGAUUAAGAUCAGUAUCACAAUAACUAAUACUGGAGUGGUGCAUCUUUGUGUCUACAUGGCUGACGGACGCCUGGACAAAACAUCUCCCGACCUUCGCAAUUUCCCAUCACUCCAGCCCAUGUGACGCAGCCGCUCGCUUUAACUUCUGUGUGUAAAAUGUUGGGGGUGGGGAUGGAAAUCUUACAGACCACACUGCAUCUUCCUUAAUUUAAUACCACCUUAAAAAUA